AUGAAGAUUAACUAUGAAGAGCUAAUGGAAGUAAGCAAAGAUUAUAAUGAUAUACUCACUAAAUUGUACAAACUAAAACCUUGCACUGAUGACGAAAUUUAUGAAAUUUGCAAAGACAUAAAAAAUAAAUUGAUCGAAACUAAUAUGUUUACACCAUCUAACAUUCUUAAAAUAUUAUCAACCGCAUCCUUAUACAAUAAUCGCUCUAUGAAAUCAUACUGGGCAAUAUUUAAAAAGAUAUAUGAAGAUUAUCGUCCAGAUCAAAUUAUUUCAAGUUCAUCUCUUUUUAAUUACCUUAUUUAUAAAGAAUAUGGACUGAAUAUCGAUCAGAAUUGCAAAAAUCCUAAAGAAAAAUUUGAAUUAUACAAUUCAUCAUUAGAUUUUCUCGAAAAAAACACAAUUUACAAAGCAAUUAUGAAUGAUGACAAAGAAUUAUUUAUAUCAUUGACAGAGCGCGAAGGAUUUGAUAGCAAUCAAAUGCUACAAAAUGAUUUAUAUCCAUAUUCAAAAGCAGGAUAUUCAUAUCUCGAAUUAUGUUCUUAUUACGGCUCCGUAAAUUGUUUUAAAUUUUUAAGAACAAAAUAUAACUCAGAAAUAACACAAACAUGCCAUCAAUUUUCAUUUCUUGGUGGUAAUCCAGACAUAAUGAGCGAAUGCUUGAAAUGUAUAAAACCAGAUGUAGAAAGUAUGAUGUAUGCAAUUAUUUCUCAUAACAUUGAUUUUGUUACUUUUUUGAAGAAUGAAUAUAAUAUAGAAAUCGAAUUAUUAUACUGCUACCAUUACAAUAAUUAUCAAGCGUUUUUUGUGUAUCUAGAUCAAACAAAUGAAGUAGAUAAUAUUAUUUUCCUUUCGCCAAGAUUUUUUGUUCCUUCACUUUGGGAAUAUUUCAUUUCUCAUGGUGUAGAUAUAAAUGAAAAAGACAGUGAAUGCAGAACUACUCUUCACAGAAUGGUAACUCAUAAUAGAAAACAAAUAGCAGAGUUUCUUAUUUUGCAUGGUGCAGAUAUCAAUGCAAAAGAUAAUAAAGGAAGAACAGCUUUGCAUUUAUCAGCUUUGAGUAAUAGAAAACAAAUUGCAGAAUUACUUGUUUCUCAUGGUGCAGAUAUUAGCAUAAAAGAUAAUGAAGGAAAAACAGCACUUCAAUAUUCAUUAGAGAAAAAUAAUAAGGAAAUUGCAGAUCUCCUUAAAUCUCAUGGUUCAAAUUUCAAAUCUUAA